AUGAGUAACUCUUUAAACCUACCUCAGGGUCUAAUAUCCCAACAUAAUACUAUCGCCAACACUGAUGAAUUGCAAAAGAUGAUGAACUAGUAUCAAUAGAAGACUGCUGGUGGUGCCAAUUUCAAUGGCGGUCAUAUUUCUCAGCAUUAUAAUCAAGACUAAGGCAGUGGUUUAGGCCAAAAGAACCUUUCAGCUGACAAUAAUGAGUCUGAAGAUGCAAAAUCAAAACGUCGUUCAAAGAAUGAUGUUGAUGGAAGAGACUUCAAAUGCAAGUAUUGCGACAAGACGUAUCUUAGCUAUCCCGCACUAUACACCCAUAUGAAAUAAAAACACUCAAAGGGGCCUGAUGGCGAGGUUCGUACACCACCAACUAGUGGGAGAGGUCGUGGAAGACCUAGAAAAAAUAGUGAGGAAUACUUUAAUGCUCCUGAGAGAAAAGGAGGUCCCACUGAUGUUCUCAACCACUUUGACUAAGUCUAUGAUUAACUCUUUAAAGGAGACAAAAACUACAAAACUUUCUCUGAUUAUCCAAUUUACAAAUAACUGGUCUAAUUUUCAAAUAAAUAAGAUUCAAAGGGACAUGGCGGCAGAUAAGAUGAUGGAGUUAGCAAUCCUAAUGGAGCUAACGAAGAAGAGAAACUAGCCAACUCAGGCAACCAGAAAAAAUGGCAAAGAAACUACGAAAACUUGAAUGAUAAUGAUAGAUAAGCAAUGUAUGUAGAUGAAAUUUUCGCACUUUAUUUGUUUAAGAUCUCUUAAAAGGUAAAUGAUGCCUUUUAUAAGAUUGUGCUAACUUAUGUGAUACUAUUCAGAGAAUGCUUGAAUGAGAUCGGCUGGUAAAAGAAAAUCGAAAGCGAGGGCAUUAAGAUUGAGGAAGAUGAAUCCUUAAGACAUAAGAUUCAAACAGAUCAGUUCUGUUUAGUAAACAAUGCUGAGCACGCCCCAGAGAUUUGCAAUGAAUUCGUUACUGUAUACAUGGAACAAAAGAGAGGAAGCUUUGAGAUAACCAAGCCUGAUCAGAUAGAUCUCACAAUAAACCUCUGUCACUGGCUAUUUGAGAAUCAAUUCACUUGUUCAAAACUAACUAUGAUUUCAUGA